UUCUCGCUGGCCCGCACAUGUCCGGCCGCCUGCUCUCCCGCGCGCUCCCGGCGGCACCGCUGCGCUGCGCCGGGCCCUCGAGCGCCGCGCCGCGCAGCCUCUCGUCGCUGGCGCUGCGCCGCCCCGCUGCGUCGCGCCUGCACGCGCCCGCCCGCCCGGCGCUGGCGGCCGCGCUGCUCGCCAGCCGCCCGGCUGGCUCAGCACGCCACAUCUCGUUCUGGGGCAGCAGUGCGCCAGCCGCUGCGCCGCCGCAGCAGCAGGUCGAGCCCGCCGCCGCAGAUGACGUUGCCGCCGCCGCCGCGGCGCCGCUGGAUACCGUCAAUGCCUCGGCUGCCGGCACGCCGCUCGCCUCGGCGCCGCCAGCCAGCGAGAGCGCCUCGCCGCUCGUCGAUGCCGUGUCGGCCGUGUCGCCCGACUCGGCGCAGCAGCUCUCCGACGCGCUCGCCGCGACGUCCGUCGACCUGGCGUCGCUGCAGGCGAACCACUGGUGGCUCGUGUCGACGGCGCAGGGCCUGCUCGACACGGUGCACCACUACUCCGGCCUGCCGUGGUGGGCCACGAUCGCAGUGGCGACCGUGGGCAUGCGCCUUGCGCUGCUGCCGAUCACGAUCAAGGGCCAGCGCAACGGCAUCCGCCUCGCCAACAUCAACCCCGAGGUGAAGCUGUGCAUGGAGGACAUCAAGGCGGCAAAGUCGACCAACGACAUGCAGCUCAUGGCCGCCUCGUCGCAGCGCGUGCAGCAGCUCUUCCGCGACCACGACUGCCACCCGCUCAAGGGCUUCAUCGCGCCCUUCGUGCAGAUGCCGCUCUUCAUCACCUUCUUCUUUGCGCUCAAGGGCCUCGGCGAGGGCAAGCUCACCGAGAUGACGACCGGCGGCCUCUGGUGGUUCACCGACCUCACCGCCGCGGACCCGUACUGGGCGCUGCCGGUGGUCAGCGCCGCCGCGACGCUGCUCGUCGUGCAGACGGGCGCCGAGCAGGGCGGCGCCGCGGGCGGCGGCGACCAGACGGCACACACCGUCAAGGUUGUGAUGCGCGUGGCGACGAUCGGCAUGAUCCCCUUCAUCUCGUAUCUGCCAGCGGCCUGCUUCGUGUACUGGACGACGAACAACGUCCUCUCGCUGCUGCAGCUGCAGCUCCUCCGCUCGCAGUUCUUCCGCAACCGGUUCGACAUUCCCGACCGCGUCGACCACAACGCCGGCAAGCCGCCAGUCAAGGUCGUGGGCGUGUUCCAGUCGUUCCGCGACAACCUCGCCAAGGCGCAGGCCGAGGCGGCGCGCAAGACGGCCACGGCGCCCGGCUCGCUGCGGCGUGCGCCGAUGCAGACGGAGGAGGCGCGCAGUGCGGCGCUCGAGCGGCUCGUCGCCGGGCAGCGCGCGUUCGAGGACACAUCGGCUGCGCGGCCAGGCGAGAGCGCCGACGACCGGGCGGACCGGCGCAUCAUGGAGCGCGAGGAGAAGGUGCGUGCGGCGCGCCUGCGGAGGCAGAGCAGCCGCGCCAAGCGGUCAUGAGGGGCUAUGCGGGCCUUGCGUUGCUGGAUUGCGAUCGAUAGAGCGCGCAGCGCCAAAAGUAGCACGCCUGGCGCCACGUUGCCGGCUGUCUCACCACCACUCAUGAUCUCCUGGUAAUCCACCGCAUUCACCGUGAGAG